AUGGCGAGUAAUGACGAUGCUGUGAAAGAGGCACAGAUAGUAGAUGCUCGGGCAAGAAACAUUAGUCACAAUGUGAGAUGUACUGAAUGUGGGAGUCAAUCCAUUGAAGAUUCUCAAGCCGACAUUGCCAUUCUUCUUCGAAAGUUAAUCCGUGAUGAAAUUCGUUCUGGAAAAAAUGACAAGGAAAUCUACAAAAAGCUUGAAGAUGAUUUUGGGGAGACUAUACUCUAUGCACCAAAGUUUGAUAUGCAGACAGCAGCUUUGUGGUUAUCACCGCUCUUAGUUGCGGGUGCAGCUGCUGGAGCAUGGGCUUACCAAAAGCAUAAACAGAAGACUAAUGUUCAUAUUAUGGCUCUGAACCUUGUUAGGGGUGUUCCAUUGACCCCAAGAGAGAAGGAAACGAUGCUUGAUAUUCUCACACCUCCUGCCUCACAGGGAUUUAAAUCACAGGAAGUUAAGACUUCCUUCUGGUGGAGGAGAUUGGGUGGUCAAUGA